CUUCAGAUGCACAAAUGUCUGGCAUAUACCAAGAGCCAUUCAUGCUACUUCUAUACCAAUCUUGAAAGGAAGAAAACUGACCCAGUGCUAAGGGAUGUUGGCAUUCUUGAUAUAGAAGACUUGGUAAAACUUGGGCAGAAGCAGCGGGUUUGUCCUUAUUUCCUGGCACGGGAGCUCAAAAAGGAUGCUGAUAUUAUUUUUAUGCCUUACAACUACAUAUUGGACCAGAAACGCUUGAAGUCACAUGGAGUGGAACUUACAAACAAUGUGGUGAUCCUGGAUGAAGCCCACAAUGUGGAAAAAAUAUGUGAGGAGUCUGUUUCUAUUCAUAUCCGAAGUACAGAUGUGGCAUUGUGCAUUCAGGAAAUCACACAGGUAAUGGAGAACUUAUAUGAGAACAGGGAAUCUGCUGCAGAAUUCUCACAGAUCGGAGACACCACGAAGCCAGAUUUUUCUGCUGAGGAACUCUGUAUACUGAAGACUAUGUUUUUAGAGCUGGAGAAGGCCAUUGAUGAUAUACCAGUUGAGUCGGGUGGCUCAACUUUUUAUGGAAGUUUUAUUAUUGAUUUACUGGCGAAGGCAGGGGUCACAUAUGAGAAGAGCUCCCUUCUCGUAGAUGUGUUAAUGAAGAUUAUUCAGUACCUCUCGGUUACUGGUAACUCUCCAUUUCGUUUCAAAGGAGCUGCAAUCCAAAAGAUUGUUGACUUACUGAAGAUUGUGUUCAGAUCGCAUAAUGACAGAAGUGUUCACAUAGAUCAGCUCAAGCAUUGCUUCAAGGUUCAUGUGACUGAAGAGGAACUAAAGAAGUCAAAACAGAAGUCUGAUUCAUGGGGCGAGACCAGAGCAUCAGGCACCAAAGCGAAAGAAAGAGUUAUCACUUAUUUGUGCUUCAGUCCUGCAUUUGGGUUAGUAUUCAUCUUCAAUAAUGGGUCCAAUGCUGUUACUUCUCAGGUUCAUGUGACUGAAGAGGAACUAAAGAAGUCAAAACAGAAGUCUGAUUCAUGGGGCGAGACCAGAGCAUCAGGCACCAAAGCGAAAGAAAGAGUUAUCACUUAUUUGUGCUUCAGUCCUGCAUUUGGGAUGAAGCAACUAUUGGAAAACAAUUUGCACUGUGUGAUUCUUACAAGUGGAACAUUAUCGCCAUUGCCAUCUCUUAUGUCUGAACUUGGGAUACCAAUUCCAGUCACGUUAGAGAAUCCUCAUGUGAUUGGUUCAGGCCAGGUGUUUGUUUCUGUAAUAUCAACAGGACCAGAUGGAUGUGCUCUGAACUCUUCCUACAACACAAGGAAUGACCCCCAGUACAUAUCAUCGUUGGGAAUGACCGUGUUGAAUGUGUGCCGUGUCGUUCCUCAUGGUAUUCUGGUGUUCUUCCCGUCAUAUCCUGUCCUGUACAAAUGCAAGGAAGAGUGGCAACAGUCUGGUCUCUGGUCAAAGAUUGCUGCCCUCAAGCCAAUCUUUGUGGAACCCAGAAGCCGUGAUGGCUUCAACACCACCAUAGCUGAGUACUGCAACAAGGUGCAGGACCCUGUCACCAGGGGAGCCUGUUUUAUGGCAGUCACUCGAGGCAAAGUGUCUGAAGGACUUGACUUUAUGGAUGUUAAUGGUCGAGCUGUCAUUGUUAUAGGACUCCCAUUCCCUCCACUGAUGGAUACUUAUGUCAGACUUAAACGGAUCUACCUUAAAGAGAACCACGGAAAGAAUGGAAAUCAAUGUCUCACUGCAGAAGAGUGGUAUCUCCUUGAAGCCACACGUGCUGUCAACCAGGGCAUUGGUCGAGUAAUUAGACACAAGAAUGACUAUGGGGCGAUACUUUUAUGUGACCAAAGAUUUGAAGGGCAGUCGUUCAAAACAGCCUUGUCUUCAUGGGUACAACCACAUGUGAAGAAGCAAUCUUCAUUUGGCUCAAUGAUACGUGAAUUGCGGCAGUUUUUUGUUAACGCAGAGAAGAUGUUGCCACCUCCAAGAUUGAGAGCGCCUGCCUGUGAGUUGAAGGCUUCUCCUCCUGUUUCAGCAUCAUUUGACACAACAGCCGCUCGUUCCCUUGCAGUGGCAAGGAUGGGGAAUGCACCUGCAGUGGCUAGUGGCUUUAGCUCUGAAUGGUCACCUGAUGAGUACUUAGCCGCACCUUCUGGCAGCGUGCCAGCGGCAAAAAAGAAUGACUUGUUUGGAGCUUUGGAAAAACCAACUACUGUUAUAAAUUUCAAUGAUAUGAGUGCAGCAUCUUCUACCAAAUCUCUUUUUAAGUGGAGUGACAGUGAACAACCCAAAGCAAAGAAAUUGAAGCUGAAAGUAGCUCCACUGAAAGUUAUGUCACCAUCUCAGGAUUUAGUGGACCUGUGUGCAGAGGAGAGAAAAGCAGUAAAUCCUGUUAUAUUAAAACCUGACUCAUCAUUGUCUAUUUCAUCAAAACCUUGUUCAUCCCAGAACAAGUCUUCUUUGAGCAGUGCACCAAAAGUACAAGAGAUCAGCUCUUAUUUAAAGGAGGUCAAGAAGUCACUAGAUGCGACUACAUAUGAAAAAUUCUCGAAGCUCACAUGUGCAUAUGAUAAGAACAAGGAUUUGAACCAGCUGCUGGGUGCUCUGUGGGAAGUUAUGAUGGGUGAUGGAAGAAACAUGAAAGAACUUUUCAGAGGUUACAGACGCUUUCUUCAUUCAAGUCACAGAAGGGAAUUUGAUGAUUAUUGUUCUGCCAUGAUUCACGAAUGACAACUCGUGCUGAAAGGUCAUGUUAAUUUGAGUCGGACAUUAUAAGGAAGCCAUCCCAUUACUUAUGUCAUUUUGAAUCAGUGACAGAAAACCCUGGCCAAUACUUUACUUCUUUGUCAUCAGAAAUGGAUGACUGCAUUAAGAACGUUGGCAGAAGAUACGGUUUAUUCAUCCGAGAAUCUUUAAUCGACUUAAGUCGCCCUGAAAACUUGGCUUUAUACAUGGGUUAAGAACCUUCUUGUUGAGUUCUCACCAAAUUCACGAAAUUUAACGAUUGAUUGAACUAGCGCGAACGAACUUUGAAGAUAAAAUUCAAUGAAGUGUCACUUGAUGUGUUUUGGAUUUCAAUAAGGUAAGAGUGUCUUGUGGUAUCAGCAAAAGCAGUGAACAUCUUACUAAAAUUUCAAACUUCUUUUCUCUGUGAACAAGCUUUCUCAUCUCUGACAAACAUUAAAAGCAGAGAAAGAAAUCGUCUGUGAGUGUGUUUGUCAGAAAUUCCGCCAAGGAUUUAACAUUUGUACAGAAAGAAACAAAUGCUUAAAUGUUAUUUUUUACAACGUAAGAUGAAUAUAUAUAUACUGUCUUAAUGAGA